GCUCCAGUUCGGAGCGAUGAUGUCAGAGGGGGCGGCAGCGGCGAGAGCGGCGGCGAGACGGGGCUGAAGGAGCGGGCGGGCGGGCGGGCGAGCGGCGCCCGUGCCAACCAGGCAGCGAGCAUGAAUGGCGGGGCGAGGAGACUCCAUCUUGGGCUGCCCCCGGACGCUCGCCUUGGCACGCAGUUUCUGAAAAAGCAGGGGAAGAGAGGAGGAACAGAGGAAACAACAUGAUACCAUAAGCGAUUCAGCCAAUAAUGCAUUUUCAUCUUGUGAAAACUGGCGUACCCAUUGGCUCUGGAUGCUGUGAGGUUUGGACUGGGUAAUCCUUAUUUUUAAAGGAACAGCAGCCUCAAUCGCUUUGGAUUUUUCUGCUCCUGGUACCGAGUCCAAACUUGCCUUUCCUUGGCAAAAGCUGUUCCAUUCAGCGUCUCCGGCUGUUGUCUGGGCGGACUGUGAACUCGGCCCACCAUCCUGGUCGUAAAGGGUUUUGUCUGCAGCUCACAGGGUACUUUGGAGGCCGGAAAAAACACACAAGUGUUUGGGUGUUUCAGUGGUGACACCUGGUGUUGUUUUCUGGUUAAUGAUUUGUCAGUGCUUGGCUAAUCCUUUGGCUCGGAAACAGUGUUCCUGCCUGAUUUGAAAGAAAGACUCUGUUGUAGUUAUUAAUUAGCCGUCUAUUGGACCCUGCUGCUGAGAUUGGAAGCUACGUCGGGCCGUGCCGGACAAGCCACCAGAGCUGUUUGACUGACCCGCCGCAUUGCCUGCGCUCCACUGUUCGUGCUGCGUUUCUUGCUGGCUUCCAGAGAUGGGUGUAUGUGCACAGGUGGGCUUGCGUAAUGGUUUAAUCCAAUUUUACACAAUGCUUCACCAACCUUGCGCCGGGCUGUACCGCCUGGUGUGUGUCGUUUUGAACUCCUAAUCCUGAUGUUGCAACUACUCCAGACUGGGUCCAAGACUUCUGAGCGCUGACUGUACUGUUGGCUAGUCUCAGUUCCAGCUGCCGGCCCUGAACGCCCUGAUUCCAUCCAGUACGUACGUCACAGAAUUGUUUUCAGAUAUCCUUCAAAAGCCGCAAAAAGGGUCCAGCUCAACCCCAUUGGGAGAAAACGGCGCGAGGAGCACCGGCCCAGAUGCCCAGUAGGUCUGGUCAGCUUGUCUAGGUCUGAGGCAGCACAAUGGCUCCAGUUGUGGAGGUCACGGACAUCAGCCACUCCAAUUCCCUUCUGAUCCAAUUGAACGAGCAGCGCCUGCGUGGACAGUUCUGUGACAUCACAAUCAUUGCCGAAGACACCAAGUUCAAGGCCCACAAAAAUAUUCUCGCCGCCUCCAGUCCAUACUUCAAGGAGGUUCUUUCCAAGGAAUCAGUGUGUCGCCAGCCGAGCCAGAUUCUAGAGCUUCCCGACAUCCAGGCCAAAGUCUUCUCGGACAUCUUGAACUUCAUCUAUAAUUCUCGACUUUCAGUGCCCAGUCCGGCAGUCGCCAAGGAGAUUGGGGCGGUUGGCCGGCGCCUGGGCAUCUCCCGCUUGGAAAACCUGGAUGACCCCUUGGCAGAUGUCAAGAUGGACAGCUCUGGCCUUGCCUCUGCUAGAGCUUGCAGUUCGCCCAUUGACCUGACCUGCCCUUCCCGCUCUGCAGAGCCUUCCAGCCCUGUCUGCUUCCAGGAUUUGACCAAAGCAUACAGCCCCGGGCAGGACACCCACCCUGACUCUGAAACAGAAACUGCCAAGAUCCUCUACAACCUCAGCUCUGUGGCCACCAUGCCGCCUCCCCCAUCCUCUGAUCUGACUUUCAUGCUGAAGGAAAACGUUGGUUGGGGCCACAGUCUCCCUGGGACUCCCCCUGCCACCUCUGCCAACGCGAACGAUGGGGUGCAGGUGCCGGCCGCUUCUUCCUCGCCCCCAUCCCCAUCCGGGGCUUCCUACCCAGCCAGCAGCACCUUCUGUUGCGGAAGCUGUAACCGUUCCUUUACUACGUCUUCUGCGCUCAGCCUCCACGUGAAGCUCCACCGGACGCGGCGCUCGCUGUCCUGCCGCCACUGCGGCAAAAGUUUCAUCCACGUCAAGCGGCUACAGACGCACGAGGUCUUAUGCAAGGAGGUGGAACCACCAGAGGAGAGUGCCUCUGCGGACAAGGCGCCGCCCAGCCCGGUGUUGCCUUCCAAGCCCACGGCAGCAGCAUCUUCCAAGAAGGGUGGGCUUUUCCGCCAUCGGGGCCCCCCAAGGGUGGACUACAUCUCUGACCAAGACCACUUUGUCAAAGUGGUGGAUGGUCACAUCAUCUACUUCUGCACCGUCUGUGAACGGUCCUACAUGACCCUUUCAAGCCUCAAGCGCCACUCCAAUGUCCAUUCCUGGCGGCGCAAGUACCCCUGCCGUUACUGCGACAAAGUUUUCGCCUUGGCUGAAUACCGCACCAAGCACGAGGUCUGGCACACAGGGGAGCGACGCUACCAGUGCAUCUUCUGCUGGGAGACCUUUGUUACUUACUACAAUCUGAAGACCCAUCAGAAAGCCUUCCACGGCAUUAAUCCUGGGCUUAUAUCCUCAGAGAAGACCCCCAAUGGGGGCUAUAAGCCUAAACUUAAUGCUUUGAAACUCUACCGCCUCUUACCCAUGCGUUCCCAAAAGAGGCCGUACAAGACGUACAGCCAGGGUGUGGUGCCAGAGGACCUUCUGCGUCCAACUCAGGCUGUCCCCAUGACGCUGGGUGAGGGUGACUCACUGGAUGGGAACUUGGUCUCCUCGCUGAGCACCGGUGACGUCGCUUCUGUGUUCACCCCCAAGAACGCCUCCUUGGAACUGCCAGAGGCAGAACAGUUCCAGCAGCAGGAAACCACCGGUGCCGAGGAGACGUCUGUCCUGCCAGCUGCUGGUGAGAAGGCUCAGCUGGACAAGCUGCCGCGGUCUUUGAGCACGGAGGCUCCCACAGUCAUCGCCUAUGGGCGCCCCGCCUCUUCUGUGAUCGUUCACAGCACCUCGGUAAAAGCGCAGGCUCCCUCGGUGAUCACGUACAACAGUAAAACUUCAGGUGCCCCAUUAAAUGCGGGGUCUCCACCAUCACUGUCACAGCCUCCACCUUCUCCAGUUGUGGCCAAACCCAUCAAGAAGCAGGUGCUGAGGGAAUACAUUCAGUCACAGAAGAUGGACGAACAGGCUUUGGACGAGGACGGGAGUGAGCAGGGGCCCAAGGCGAGGGGGCCGCGGGUGGGUCGCACCAUGACCUAUAUGGCCAAACCGGCCUACGUGGGAGCCGCCUCGGAAAGCCGAGCCGCACCGCUCUGCCAGAUCACGGUGCGCAUCGGCGAAGAGGCCAUUGUCAAGCGGCGCAUCUCUGAAACAGACCUCAUGCUGGACAAGAGCAGCCGGGCCGGAGGCAGACGCUUGGACUUUGGCAGGGACCAGAGCAGUGAGAAGCAGCAGCCCUCGCUGCCCCCCAUACUGCACGGCAAACGCGCCGACCGGGCGUACGCCGAGAGCGGCGAGGAAGAGAGCGACCGGGGAGACACAGAAGACCAACUCUGGCGCCCGUACUACAGCUACAAGCCCAAACGGAAGCCUUGCGGGGGGGGCGGCAACGGCGCGGGCAGCGCCCUGCCGAAGGCGAAGAAGUCGCGGUGGCGUCACAAGCUGCGCUCCCUGCGGUGGAUGAAGCGGUCGGAGGAGGCCGAGGAGGGGGCCAGAGUGGGAACCAGCCAGCCAGGGUCUGCUGAGGCAUCCGGGGGGCAGGGAGCGGCCUCCGAAAGGGACGGGACGGAGCCGCCAGCCAAAGCGGGGGGCGGGCGGGGCUCCGAGUGGAAGCAUGAGUGCAGCGUUUGCGGCAAACUCUUCUCCGCCCUCAAGAAGCUGAGGAAGCACGAGCGGGUGCAUGGGCGCCUCGGCAAGGAUGACCAGUCCCUGGCGGCCUUGCCCACCGCCCCCCACCGCGUGGGCCGCAAGCCUCUGGUGAAGUUUGCUUGCGCCCAUUGCACCAAGGUCUGCAAGACCGCAGCGGCACUGAGCCGCCACAUGAAGCGGCACGAGGGCCAACGGCCGGAGCAGGUCCCCCUGCCAGUGCUUACCACAGUCAUUGCCUAUUCUAAGAAGGCCGCUGAGGUGCCCCUGGCCACGCCCCCGCCAGUGGUUAAGGAGGAGACCACGCAGGAGAUGCAGGUCUCUUCCUCCAGUGGGGAGGCUCCCGGGGGCCAGCCAGAGGCCCCCGAGGAGGGGCAUGUGGAAAUGGUGCCCUGCAAUGGGCACACUCUGGCCCCUCUUCCAGAGGAGGAAGACUCACCGCAGCAGGGGGGAGAUAAGCCCCCUUUUCACGAGGAGCUGCCUGCCCACCCGCCGCCACUACAGGCAGCCGCCACCAGCCUUGCUGAACUGCCCCCGGGCCUGCCCCACUCUCUUCAAGACCCAGUCAUCUCCCACACGGGCCUGGUCCAGAAGGAGGUUCUGGCACCGCAGGAGAUGGCAGAGGACCGUUAUCCGGUCCAGGAGUACCCCUUACCGCUGCUGGUGCCGGGCAGCUGCCGGAGCAGGAAGGAUCUGGAAGACAAGCCCUCGUUCCUGGCUUACCCCAGCGCCAUCCAGUUCAACGCCGUGGGCAAAGCAGGGGGCAGCAGUGGAGACGGCAAAGUCAGCUUCUACCCUGACCCGUACCCGCUGAUGUAUGGGCACCAGUUGCUAGCCGCCUAUCCGUACAACUUCACUUUGCCGGUGGCUUUGAACAUGGUUGUCCCGGAUGACAAGGGACAGCCGCUGCCCUUCCUGCCCAGCGUCUUCAGCUACUCGAUGAACCCAUGUCGGGGCGUGGGGCACGACGGGGGCCCCGGAUGCCACGGGGGCGUGGGGAUGGGCAGUUCGGCUCGGGAGGGCAGGGGGGAGCCCGCGGCACCCGAGAGGCUGAAGAAAGGAGGUCUCCUUUGAGGGACAGCGGGCCCACGGGGCGGGAAAGGGGCCACCGGAUUACGCGGGGGAGGAAGUCAAGGCUAGAAAAUGGCCGAGCCCCCUUCUGUUCUGAGCAGGGGCGUGUGCUUGUGAGAACCAGCAGGGCGAGUGCAGAGGGGCGCCUGAACCAGGGCGGGCGGAAGGGAGCCCCCCCUCUUCCUACCAGUGGCAUUUAGCACGGGACGUGUCGUAGAGAAGACUUCUUUAAAAUAGCAAAAAUAGGUACAGGGUACCCCCAUUCCCCCUGCCUGGUUCCUCAACCCCAUAUGAAUGUUGUUUGUAGACACAAAUGAGAGUGAAUUUGCACAAGGAACCGUUUUUCUUCUCUGCCCCCUGCCCGCCCCCGCCGCACAGCAAUUUCUGGCCCUUUUUCUUCGGUUCCUGACCUUUUCGCCACUCCCCCCUACUUUUGCUGCUGGUGGGGGCACUGUUUCGAAAGGAGGGGCCUCUAGUGUCACUCCUCUCCUGCUGGGGGUGUUUUACUCUGUGGAUCCUGUCCCUUCCUCCCCCUGCCCCCCUCCCUCGCCCGGCUCCUCAGCUUUGCUGCGCAGCAGCAGCAGCUGCCGGGGAGCAGGAGGUGGCAGGGGGGAGCGUGUGCGUGCGUUUUGUUUUCCAACUCGCUGGAGAUGAAUCACAUUUUCCUUUUGGCCAGAGGAAGGCCGGGGGGGUUGGGGGGGGAGGCCACGCUUGCCAAGUCGGAGAGGAACGGAAGGACUUUUUUUCUGGGUCUCUAGGAUCCCACCUCGGAAAGGUGGAAGGACCCUCCCCACAAAGGUUUGCGUCAUACGGUGGCCCCCACCAUCCCCCAGCCAGCACACACAGAGGGCACCAAGGGGGGGGGGAACACGGCUGGCAAGAGGGCCUGUGCGGGGUCAGCAGGCUUGACGUCUCUGGGGCCAGCAGCAAAACCCACUCCCCCCCCCGCAACCCCCUCAAUAUAAAUGACCAAGGAUCAGCAAUAGGUAAUUUUAGCUAUACAUGUAAUAGUGUUUUUUUAAAAUAGGGUUGUGUUCUGUUUUUCAAAAUGGGUGGCCUAGUUUAAAGUAAUAAUAAUGGGGCAGAUAUCCCUGGUGAAAUCAGUGGAGAAAAAGCCUGCAUGGUGUGGGUGGCUUAAACUGUGGGUCCCAGGAGGAAGAGAGGGCUGAACAAAGGCAUUUUGUCAUGGACCAACAAGGUUCGCGACACAAAAUCCCUGUGGGACAGACCUCGAAGAGGGCCACUCCAACUUGCCCGAAGUGGGCACUCCUUCCUUUCUUCCCUCGCUGGCCCCCCUCCAAAAAACCCUAAGUAUUAUUUGGGACAAGGAGAAGUUGAGCUCCAGUGAUACAUUCCGGGAAGAAAAGAAAAUAAGAAAAAAACCCUGCACAGUUUGGGGAAAUGAAAAUUUAUUUUUAACAAGCAAAACAAUAGCCGUUUUCCUGUUAAAAGCCAAAGCUUAGACCCAGUGAACUUUUCGAGUCUUCCCCGAUUCAAAACCCCAAUGUGCUCUCGCACGCGCCCCCGUCACCGACUUCGAUUGAUGAGUGUUUUCCAGAAGGACCAAAACCUGGACAUUUUAUUUUAGUUUAUUUUGGAAGGGAGGAUUGCAAAAACUGUUCUAAAAAUAAAUUUUCACCAAUUGUUCUAUCUGUAAAAUUUUAUUUUAGAUCAGUUUUUUUUCUUUCUUCUUUUUUUAGGAAGAUGGAGGGGGAAAAUCCAGAAUGUUGCCAAAGGCCCUGCUGCCUGGAGGAUUCUGGGAGUCAUAGUCCGAAACCCAUCUGGAGGUUGGAAAGACUGGCCUAAAUUUCACAGCUCCCUUCUUGGCAGAGUAGCCAUCUUCCAAAUUAACAUUUUUGCCCCCACUGCAGGGCAGCCUCCAAAGGUUCCCCUUCUCCAAGUCUUUUUCCUGUGCCAGUCAUAGAUGACAAGCCACAGCAGCAUCGCAGGCGUCACGAUGUGAAUUCACAUCAUUUGCAGGAUGACGUCAUGACCUGUGUGACGUUCUUUGUGACCCCCUCCCUUCCCCCUGUGAAAGACCCACCUGAGCUCUGCUAAAACUGGGAGGGUGUAUUGCCACUCCGCUUUGUGGGGAAAGGACAGUGUUUUGACAGGGGGCUCCUACAGGACACGUGCACCCCCCCAUGCUUCCAGAUGGACGACCAUUUUUUGAGUUGCUGCUCUGGCUGUGUCCUUGGUGCGCACAGGUCUACAGUGGAGGUACAGGUAGUCCUCGCUUAACGACCACAUUUGGGACUGGAAUUUUGGUGGCUAAGCAAAGUGGUUGUUAAGUAAAUCCAACCUGAUUUUAUGACCAUUUUGUGGAGGUCAUUAAGCAAUCACCACGGGUGUUAAGUGAACCACGUGGUCAUUAAGCAAAUCAUGCAGUUCCCCAUUGAUUUUGCUUGCCGGAAGCCAGCUGGGAAGGUUGAAAAUGGUGAUCAUGUGACCAGGGGAUGCUGCGGCAGUUGUAAAUGAACCAGUUGCCAAGAGCCUGAAUCUUGAUCAUGACCAUGGGGACACUGUGAGGGUUGUAAGUGUGAGGACCAGUGACAAGUUGGUUUUUUCCAGCACCAUCAUAAGUCCAAACCACCACUAAACAAAUGGCCGUUAAGGGAGGAUUACCUGUACUGGGACAGCUAAUGAGCUGGAAUAAUACUGCAGAAUCAGGCAGGGGUGUUGGUGCUUGGGCACAAGGACGGUGGCCUUUGAACCCUGUUCCAAAUGCAGAAUUGGGACCAGAGUGCUGAGGAUCGCAGGAACGCACCUGCACCACUGCUUGUUUCAGGGUCACCCCAGAAAUGCGCCACAGUGCAAAAUCUCUCCCUUCCCACGCCACGGAUGAAGCAGCUCCCAGACGCUGCCUCUUUGCCGCACCCCAGUAUGGCAGGGCUGUGUGCACCAGCGAGUGACACACACACGGCCCUCCCUGGUUUACUGCUGCAGUGGAGUCAAACCGUGAUGCGCAUGGUUCUGCCCAUCCAUCUCCCCCACCCAGCACUGACCUGUGGCCCCCUCCCCCCCUCCUUUUCUGCUGUGACUUCUUAUCCUGACGAGUCUUCCCUCCCCGCCUGGCCUUCCCAGCCCUUCUUGCUGCCAACGUCUGAUGCAUUCCACCGGGGCCUGGUUAAUGGCGGGCUGUGCUGUGCUGUGCUGUGCUGCACCGGGAUUCCCACGCACACUUCCCGUCCUUCCCAUGCACGGCCCCUCCUGUGCUCUUUGCCCCCCCACCCGUUACAUGAAGGGCACGCUAUCCACGGCUGGGGUUCUGGGAUAUUAGGGUACUUUCCUCUUCCAAUCUUCUCCUGGGAUUUUGGGGGGGCUUGCUUGCAGAUCUGAUGUAGAGAGGCCUCCGACAAACCAGGUUACAGCACGCUGCUGCUCUGCGCUAGGAGGCAGGGUUGCUCCUGUGCCCCCCUCGACCCCAGCGGUUUCCUGGGGGAGGCUGCAUUUCCAGCAAUGCACCCCUUGGUUGCAUCCAGAGAUGGGAGGGCAAGGGAGACGGGGUUGGGGAUGGGACUGAGCGAGAGCACGCACCAAAGGUAUUUUGGGUGGCCCCCUCCAGCAGGGCGGGAGGCUCUGGGUUCUGGGGGGGGCGCGUUGGGGGCAGAAGGGCGGUCACUGACAUGUACAUAGCAGUCCGUCUCUCCAAUCUUUUGCACUUUGUCACUGGGGGGCUCCGGUGAUUGUUGACCGUUUGCUACUGAAUGUAACUUGUCUUAUUUUUAUUUUUUAGAAGCACCUCUAGCUAGUUUUAUGGCACUUUAGAUAUUUACUGAAACUGUUUAAGGAAAAUAACAAAAGCAAAAAAAAAGAGAGAGAGAGGAAAACAAUAUCAAGAGUUAGGAAAAAAAGCAGGAAA